AAGUAUAUUUUAAAUCUUUGGAGUUCUUAUGAAUAGAUCACUUUGUUGCUGAUAUGUUACAGCGUGAGAUAAACAUCUUAUUAGAUUCUAGAAUCUAGAUGAGGUGAACAUUUUAGACUCAAGAACCUAUACUCUGUCUCUGUGAUUGAAUUUGACACGUUCUUGUUCUUAUGUUUCCCAAGGCCUGAUUGAUGAACAGUGUUGGGAAUGUAGCCCAAUCUGUAUCCAAGAUACAGUAGGUGAAAAUAAGUGACUGGAGGAGCGUGUCGGGAGCCAUCUGCCAUGUCGCGGAGAAGGUUUGAUUGCCGGAGUAUUUCAGGCUUGCUAACUACAGCACCUCAAACACCAAUGAAAAUGGAAAACUUUAGUAAUUUUUAUACACUCACAUCUAAAGAGCUAGGAAGAGGAAAAUUUGCUGUGGUUAGACAGUGUAUAUCAAAAUCUACUGGCCAAGAGUAUGCUGCAAAAUUUCUAAAAAAGAGAAGAAGAGGGCAGGACUGUCGCGCAGAGAUCCUGCAUGAGAUUGCCGUGCUUGAGUUGGCCAAGUCCUGUCCUCACGUGAUCAAUCUUCAUGAAGUCUAUGAAAAUGCAAGUGAAAUCAUUUUGAUAUUGGAAUAUGCUGCCGGUGGAGAAAUUUUCAACUUGUGUUUACCUGAGGUGGCUGAGAUGGUCUCUGAAAAUGACAUUAUCAGACUCAUUAAACAAAUACUUGAAGGAGUUUAUUAUCUACAUCAGAAUAACAUUGUACACCUUGAUUUAAAGCCACAGAAUAUAUUAUUGAGCAGCAUCUACCCUCUUGGGGACAUAAAAAUUGUGGAUUUUGGAAUGUCUCGAAAAAUAGGGAAUGCAUGUGAACUUCGGGAAAUCAUGGGAACGCCAGAAUACUUAGCUCCAGAAAUCCUGAACUAUGAUCCUAUUACGACAGCAACAGAUAUGUGGAACAUUGGUAUAAUAGCAUAUAUGCUGUUAACUCAUACAUCCCCAUUUGUGGGAGAAGAUAAUCAAGAAACAUACCUCAAUAUUUCUCAAGUUAAUGUAGAUUAUUCAGAAGAAACUUUUUCAUCAGUUUCACAGCUGGCCACAGACUUUAUCCAGAGCCUUUUGGUAAAAAAUCCAGAGAAAAGACCAACAGCGGAAACCUGCCUUUCUCAUUCUUGGCUGCAGCAAUGGGACUUUGGAAACUUGUUUCACCCUGAAGAAACUUCCGGUUCCUCUCAAAGUCUGGAUCAUGCAGUAAGGUCCUCUGAAGACAGGAUCACUAAGUCCUCUUGUAAUGGAACCUGUAGUGAUCGUGAAGACAAAGAGAAUAUCCCUGAGGAUAGCAGCAUGGUGUCCAAAAGGUUUCGCUUUGAUGACUCGUUGCCCAAUCCCCAUGAACUUGUCUCAGAUUUGCUCUGUUAGCACGUUUCUCUUUGACUCAUUUGGACUGAAUUUGGAAUCUGAAAUCCACUCCCGUGUGAGAUUGUGAUUUGUAGCUUCACAUAUGGCGUGUUUAUAUUGUAAAUGCACUUUUGCAUAGAGGAAUUUGGGAGAAAGUGUUUUAAUGCUAAAUUACUAGUUACUAGUAUAAUUUUAUUUCCUGUCCUGAGAUGUCAACUCUGCAGAGAAGAAGGUAUUUAAAUAUAUGACAAAAAAUAAAAUUGUGCAUGUGAGUUUACAUGUUAAUGAAAGAAUUCAAGUUCAAAUGGAUUUUUCAAAAUAUUUUACAUAUCAGGAAGAACAGUGGUUUGGGUUAUAUUAUGGUUGAUGUAAACUGAACAAAAUGAAGACAUCUGAAUUCAAUAGAUUCUCUAAGGUAAAUCAUAUACCAUGUCUCUAUUGACAAAAUUUUGUUUAGGGUAACAGUGUCAAGUUUAAGCAAGAAUGUAUACUGUUUUUAUAGGUGCUCAAGAGGUGUUUUACAUUUGAAAAUGUUUUUCAAUCACGAAUAUUUUGAAACUGCAUAAGAUUUCCAUAUAUAUGCUCUGCCAUAUGAGAUAGGUCCUUUAAGCAGAGCAGAGAGGGAGUUAGAAACCUGAUUAGGGAUAUUCUAUACAAGUUGGAGCAGAGAAAAGAGUAGCACGGCAUCAUUUCUUUAACUCGAAUGUCUUUUGCCCACUCAACAUACUUCUGAUUUAAUAACAUCUGAAAGAUGGAGAAUAGAUGGUAUACAAGCGUAGAGGAUUUUCAUCCUCCAGCGUUUCUAGAGUGGAAGAUACUUAGGUAAAACUGAGUGUGCUCUAUUUUUAGCCCACCAAACAUAUUUACUAAUUGAGUGAAGAAGAAAAUGCUGACAGACUUAGGCAACUUACAGAGUUUAGACAUCUUCUAAGUCUUAGAAUGUAAGCCAGUCAUUCAGUUAUAAAAGUAUGCAUAAAAAAUAUCACAACACCAGUAGGACUUUAACACAGUGCCAGAGUUAGCAGUAGCAAGGUGGAUGUGAUCAUAAAACGUGAUGACAUCAAGCUCUUCUACAGUUCUUUUGUGUGUUUGUGAGAAAGAUCAGCCCUGAGCUAACAUCCAUGCCAAUCCUCCCGCCUUUGCUGAGGGAGACUGGCCCUGGGCUAACAUCCAUGCCCAUCUUCCUCCACUUUACAUGGGACGCCGCCACAGCAUGGCUUGACAAGCCGUGCGUCAGGGCGCGCCCGGGAUCCGAACCUGGGCCGCCAGCAGCAGAGCUCCAGCACUUACCUGCUGUGCCACGGGGCCGGCCCCUCUUCUACAGUUCUUGUGUAAAAGUCCUACUAAGUGAUGGGGCUCAGCAGAAGGUGAUAAGAGUCUAGGGACAGCAGAAUGUUUGAUCUGUUGCUGGUGACUGUGUUCAGUCUUAAUAGGGGGGAAAUUUACUCCUUUUUGGGUAAUCUUUGGUGACUUUCCACCUGAUGACUAUUAAAAAGUCUGUUAUAUUAUUAUGUUAAGAUAAUUUUAACCUCAUGACCAUGUUACUAUAUCAAAAGAAAUGAUAUUUUGAUUAAAAAAAAUCCUUAAGUUUUCCCCCUUUAAAUUAUGUAUGACUGUCAAACCUUUAAUUUCUUGAAAUUUGGUUAGACUCCAAAUAACUUAAAACUGUUCUUAAUAACCAUCAGGUCACUUUAUUUGGCUAAAUGGUGAAUUCCUUUUAUAUCUUCAGCAUUUCUUAAAAGAAAGGUUAUUUCUACUUGUGUGUGUGUGCAUAUGUGUAUAUGUAUAUGUAUAGGUGUGUGUAUAUAUGUAUAGAUAGAUAAAAUAUAGUCUUUAGACAACUUGCUCUCAGAGAUUCUUUACUCUAGCAUAUUGUGCUCAACUCAGGUGCCAAAGGAGCUCUCUUCUUAUGACAUGUAAAUAGACGUUUAAAUUCUUUAAGAAGUAGUUUGUUGGUUCAAUAAACUAGCCAUUGCAGAAGCUAAAUUGGCGUCUUAUAUAUCUAAAACUGAGAAGUUUUUUCUAAGAUGUUGAUUGUCCAUUUAUUUGCCUUCAGUGUUGAGCUGAAGCAGGUAAAGCUUAGUGAGUCAUUGGAGAAAGAGGAAAUGAUUACUUUUACAAAAGACUUUAUUAUACUUUUAAAUUUCUAGAGGAAUUAUGCCAAGCUAAAAAAUAAAAAAAAUCAAGAAAUGUUUGAAUUUUAAAUUAUAAGCUGGUUCUUAAAAAAUAUUUUCUACCAGCUUUCUUUUACUCUGGGGAAUCUUAAAAUAGUUUUGUAUGCUUCCCCUUAGUAGAAUACAGAGUUGUAAAUUUCCAUACCUUAUUUCCUAACAAUUUUUGUUGUAAAAAAGCAGCUAGUGGUUGCACAAACAGUUUAAAAAUUCAGUUUUUUCAUAAAGGUGAAUUUAAAUGUUUUCACUGAAUGAAGUGUGAAAAUCAAUUAAGCCAGUUUUUAGAGAGAAUGUAUUAACAAAUGACUCAAUUCGUACUGUUUUUCUGCCAAGAUUCAAAAGAAAUGUCUAUCAAAAGCAGAUGAUGUAUCUCACUAACUGGGAAUCUGGAGAGCCCCUCUGGGGUGGAUAGAUGUCAGUAACACUUCAACACAUCUGAGGGUUAAUGUUAAAUUCUGAUGAGAUUAUAAAGUUUAAUUUGCCUUCUGGAUAGGAUCUUUGGAUAGAUGGGAUUAAAAAAUAGAUGAGUUAGAGAUGACAAUUACAAUUGUCAUUUAAAUUAUUCCCCCCCUCGAUAAAGUUAACCUAACUCUGAGUAAAAUUAUAAUGGCACUUUAAAGAAGUAAGCAGUACCUGUUCUCCAAUCUGUAAUGAGAUGAGGUGCCUGGGUCAGAAUAUAAGUCAACACCUUGCUUCCUUUAUCAAGAAAAUCUUGUUAUAAAAAAAAUCAGCUAAUGAGUGACAUCAUUCAUUUUCAUUCUGGCACAAGCUCUUUCUUUCAUGUUGGAUGGAUCACAGAUAGUUCAUAGACCAUAUUUCGCAUAGCCUUGUUCUAAGCAAC